AUGCUCCAAGCAAAAGACAUCGAUGUGUUGACGUUGACAGCCACACAGGCCGAGGAGCUCCUGGACAGCAAGCAGCUCACAUCAGCAACACUGGUAGAAGCGUACCUGGCUCAGAUCGAGAAGAACAACCACAAUGGCCUCCACCUCAACAGCCUCAUCUCCAUAACGGCAAAGGACAUUCUCCUCAAUACAGCCCGCCAUCUCGACCAUGAACGAGAAACAGGCCACAAACGAGGUCCUCUCCACGGUAUCCCCUUCAUAGUCAAAGAUGUCUUCGUCACGGACCGCUCGCUCGGCAUGCCCACGACUUGCGGCGCAGCAGCCUUCGCCACGUCGAUGGGGAAACGGAAUGCACCACUUAUACAGCACUUACUGGACCAAGGCAUGAUUCUCCUGGGUAAAGCCAAUCUGACGGAGUUCUGUGGGCUCAAGUUCAAGGGUAUGACGCCCGGAUGGUCGACUGUGGGAGGGCAGACGCAGAACCCGUAUGUUUUCGGUGGGCUGGAGGAGAACGAGAAGCUCAUCGGUCAUUCAUCUGCUGGUGGAAGUUCGUCGGGGAGCGCUGUUGGUGUGGCGGCGGGGUUCGCUCCGUUGUCUAUAGGUACUGAAUGCUGUGGCAGCUUGAUCACACCGGCGAAUAGAGCGGGCAUGUAUGCGCUUAAGUGCAGUCUUGGGUCUGUUGACGUGGAGGCUUGCUUUGGUUAUACUGAUUGUCUCGAUUGUAUUGGUGGGAUGGCAAAGUCAGCACAGGAUCUCGCCACUUUUAUCGCGGCUCUGUUGCAACGAGGUGAGGCUUUCGAUUUGGGUGGCGGGAUGGAAGGUAUGAGGGUUGCUUUCACGGACGUGAUGGUGUGGCGGCUUCCGGAGGACUUUUGCGGAUGGCCAGGUGAUACAAGAGAGCAGCUGGUAGGCGUGACCCAGGGCUGGCCCCGACAUGAGACGAUGAGUGCUGAUGUUACUCAGGAAGCAGGAUAUGCUUCAAUACAGGACAUGAUCAAAGCACAUGGUGCAGAGAUUGAGACUGAUAUCGACCUGUCAAAUGCACCGACACUAUUCCAGAGCGACGAGGGCAAGAGCUACUUCUAUGAGAUUGCGUUCUAUCAAUUGCGCAACAAAUAUUUCCCUACAUUCUUCGACGAGCUCGCAGAAAGUGAAGUCCACUCACUACCCGAACUGAUCGAAUGGAACAAGAAGCACAGCCCGAAACAAGACGAGCUAGAAGAUCUCCUGGCCAAUACACGCAAGCCCGAAGACAUCGACAAGUACAUCAACGACAUGCGCGAACGUGGCCGUGACGGCCUGGACCGCCAUCUCGAACGUAAUGAUAUCGUGGUUGCGCUUGCUGACAGCCCGCUGGUACAAUACUCGGCAACUGCAGGAUAUCCAAUCGCUUGUCUUCCACUCGGAAUAGUCAAGUAUAGUGAAACGAACGAGCGACCGUACGGUAUUUGCAUGAUUGCGGGUAAAGGCCGAGAGGAUAUUCUGUUGCGUUUCAUGGCCGCCUGCGAGUCGCUGUUGCCGCCGAGACCAGUUCCGAAGCCCUUGCUACAGCAGUGA